CGAAUACAUCCCAGAGGGGACAAGAGGUUUGUGGAAGAAAAAGUCAAAGUGCCCAGCAAUUUAGGUACUUAGAUAUUUGCUUAUUCAAUCCCUUGUGCCUGGGAGGUGAACCUUUAGUCACAGGCUCCAGAAAGCAGAAAGUCUGGAGAGAGACCAACUUCCACUCUGUGCCACAAACGUACUUGAUAAGCAAGAGAAGAAAAUCGGGAAAAGAGGGACAGCGGCUCAGGAGCAGACAUGGUGGGCCACCAGCAAUGCAGCAUGAAAGAGGACACCAGAGACAACCGCACUCCCAGAUCUCAGUGCAAGACCCUGACUGCUCCUGCCCCAUUUGCAGAUGAAACCAGCUGCCAGUGUCAAGCACCACAUGAGAAGCUGACCAUUGCUCAGGCCCGCUUAGGAACACCAGUUGACCGGCCUGUCAGAGUAUAUGCAGAUGGGAUAUUUGACCUCUUCCAUUCAGGUCAUGCCAGGGCACUUAUGCAAGCAAAAACACUGUUUCCCAACAGCUACUUACUGGUGGGAGUUUGCAGUGAUGAUCUUACUCACAAAUUCAAAGGCUUCACCGUGAUGAACGAAGCAGAGAGAUAUGAAGCUCUCAGACACUGUCGCUAUGUGGAUGAAGUGAUCAGAGAUGCUCCAUGGACACUUACCCCAGAGUUUCUUGAGAAACACAAGAUUGACUUUGUGGCCCAUGAUGAUAUUCCUUAUUCUUCUGCUGGCUCUGAUGACGUCUACAAGCAUAUAAAGGAAGCAGGAAUGUUUGUCCCAACACAGAGAACUGAAGGCAUUUCAACAUCAGACAUCAUCACCAGAAUUGUCCGUGAUUAUGAUGUUUAUGCCCGCCGCAACCUCCAGAGGGGGUACACAGCCAAGGAACUCAAUGUUAGCUUUAUAAACGAGAAGAAGUAUCGCUUCCAAAACCAAGUUGAUAAGAUGAAAGAAAAAGUCAAGAAUGUGGAAGAAAGAUCGAAGGAAUUUGUUAAUAGAGUGGAAGAAAAAAGUCAUGAUCUAAUUCAGAAAUGGGAAGAAAAAUCAAGGGAAUUCAUUGGCAACUUCCUAGAACUGUUUGGGCCUGAUGGAGCAUGGAAGCAGAUGUUCCAGGAGAGGAGCAGCCGGAUGCUGCAGGCCUUGUCCCCGAAGCAGAGCCCCGUGAGCAGCCCUACCAGGAGCCGUUCUCCCUCUCGUUCCCCAUCACCCACCUUUGCCUGGCUCCCAAGCAAAACCUCACCCCCAUCGUCGCCCAAAGCUGCCUCAGCCUCCAUCAGCAGCAUGAGUGAGGGGGAUGAGGAUGAGAAGUAAACGCUGCUGGAGACCGCGGGAGCCACACCACGCAGGCUGGGGAGGUGGGCCGGGUCAUGGGGAAUGCCUGGGUGGUGGUGAACCGGUAGAGUGGCAGGAGCAGAAGCUCAGCAGGUAGACCCUGGGCUUUGCUAGGUGGAGGCCUUGGGACUGGCUGUCAGUCUCCGCUCAACCCAAGACUUAGGCUCUGCAUGGAGGUUUCCAACUGGACAACCUGUACACACUUAGCAUCAUUAGAAUCACUCUACCUGAACCCACUCUGGGAAGAUGCAGGGCACCCCUAAGAGACCCGCACUGAGUAGGGCAUCUUCUGCUUUGGUCCUGACACCCUGGCAAGUGCACCAUCCAUGGAAACUGCCGUUCCCUCAACCUGCUACUUCCUGCUCCAUAACAGGCUCUGCACGUUGUCUCCCACCACCCCAGCUCUGCCACAAUAAAGUUAUUUCAAAUAGAAGUGGCAAAGUGCUUCUGAAUUAGCCAAGUUAAAGAUAGAUUCCCACAUCCUCCUUUGGCCACUGAGACCUGAUGUUGCAACAUAGCAGUUCUUACAGUUCCAGAAGUGUGGGCAUAAUAGCCCAAGCCUUGCUUUAGGCCACAUAUGGAAUAGGCCAUCUAGAGUGAAACUUGAUGUCUCAUUUAAAGAAGAUUUUAUCAAAGAGAUUGCCACAUCAGGCCUAGUAGUCUCCUGACUAGGCUUAUCCAUCAUUGGUUUAACUUCAUUAAUUCCCAGAAAUUCCCUUAAUCGAUGGGAAAUGCAACAAAACAAAACUCCUGUGUAUAUAGAAAAAAGAGCUGUGUUUGUUUGGCUCCAUGUUAAGCAGAUGGUAAAUGUUUCCUGAAGCAUUUCCUUAAAAGAAUGCUCUCAUGGAAUGGCUUUUCCCAUUUUUGACCCGUUAACCAUUUCAUAGACUUCAAGUAACAGUUUGAUGUACCAGAUCACAUAGUAUACCAAUAGUGGGUGCUACCUGCACGUGUCUGUUCUAUGUAUGCCCCAAAUUUGCCAGCCAGGGUGUAUACCAUAUGCAAUAUUAAUAUACAGUGGUGGCAUUUUUAUAAUGUAUUCCCCUCCUGCUCUCACCCACCAAAAUCCUUGGUCUAAAGAACUAUCUAGUUCCCUUGUGGUUUGGGCUUUGUCAAAAACUCAUCCUGGGUUCCUGUAAAAAUGUCCUGUCCCAACCAGGAAGUUUGUAUGUUGUUCUCAUACCCUUUCAUCAUAUUUGUGGGUGAAGGAAGACUCUAAGACUUUUGAUAGCACCAUGGGUACCUGAGCUCUGCCCCUGGCAUGGUUGCUCUAGGUUGUAUUAUAGUUCUCCCUGGCCUGGCUAUGUGGGCAAAAAGUCAGCAUCCUUGUGGUUUGAAGCCACUAUUGUCUGAUCACAGGAAGGAAAA